ACUGCAUCUCCCUGCCAAAGACUCGAGAGCUGUAGCAGAUGGUUUUAAGAUGGAAGAGAAUGCAAGGAGUUCUGCAAUAUUUUUCGAUGCUAUAAUUCAGAACGACAAAGACAAGAUCAGAAAUUUAGUACAGAGGGGAAGCUCCGUCAAUACUUACGACGAAUGGGGACGCACACCUCUCCAAUACGCAGUAUUGCAAAACAAGAUAGAAAUAAUUACUCUGUUGGCUGAAAUGGGAGCCAGAAUUAAUGAUGGCUCAAAAGACUGUAAUGAAACCCCUGCUCACUAUGCAGCCAUGUUCGGAAGUGUGGACAGUUUGCGUAUACUGGCAAGUUAUGGUGCUUCCUUGACAGUGCAGGAUAACUCAGAGUUUGGAGAAACACCGGUUCAUACAGCUGUCAAAUUCAAUCAAAUGGAAACACUUCUUUGGUUGCUAGAAAAUGGAGUGUCCGUGGAUAUCAUGGAUCGGAAAGGAAGAACCCCGCUCUUUUAUGCUAUAAAUGAGCAAUAUCCGCAUCUGGUGCAGAUUCUUAUAGAUAAGGGAGCAGAUGUCAAUAUAAAACAGACUGGUUUACAUAACGUCACUCCUCUUCAUGUUGCGGUUUCGCAUGGGACUUUCGAUAUUGUCCGAGUUUUGCUGAGGAACGGGGCAAAUAUGUAUAUUCCUUGCAGUUCCUUGCACCAAACGCCCGUUCACUGGGCAGCAAAAGAAGGUAAGGUGGAAUUGUUCGAGCUGAUGUGCGAGUUUGGAUCUAUUUUGUCAGUGAAGACGGAUGACUCAGAAGGCGACUGUCCUAUUCACCUAGCUGUUAUGGGAGGCCAUCUGCCUCUAGUCAAGUGGCUGCACUCUAAAGGCGUGUCCCUCAAUUGUAGAAAUCAUAGAGGACACACUCCACUUCACACAGCAGUGCGGUUCAAUCAGAUCGAUAUGGCUUCUUAUCUGCUUCAGCAAGGCUCCAAAAUUUAUUAUAUAACCCAGGACCCAGAAAAUUUUACACCACUAAAUAUGGCAGCUUAUCUGGGUCAUUUAGAUAUGAUACGUCUGUUAAUAUAUCAUGGCGCUGAUGUGAAUGCUAUCCAAGAGAAGACAGGUUUUACAGCUUUGCAUUUUGCAGCUAUGGGUAACAAAGUGGAAAGUCUGAAGCUCUUGACACUCCAUGGUGCGGACGUAAUGAUUAUCAUGAAUAAGACGAAUGCAGAACCACUGAUUAUUACUGCUGCCAUGCAUGACUCUCUAGACGUGGUGCGCUGGUUGCUGGAAAACGGGGUUCCUGCGGACGACAGGCUCAAUAAUGGCAUAACUGCCCUUCAUUAUGCUGCUGAUAAAGGCAGGAGAGAAUUGGCUUUGCUGCUACUUGAAGCAGGAGCAGAUGUGAACUGCAGAGAAUUGAAUUUAAGAAGCCCCCUACAUUUCGCAGCAAUUCGAGGAUACGAGGAUAUUGUAGAAAUUCUGAUAUCCUGGGAAGCAGAUAUAGCGGCUGCGGAUGCUUGGGGAGAUAGCGCCCUUCAUCUUGCCGCAAAAAAUACUGAUUCGCGUUGUCUUCAGCUACUGGCCCUUAAGGGAAGUAAUUUAGUGUCACGGAAUAACCGUUGGGAAUCCCCUCUACAUGUUGCUACACUAAACAAACGUGAGGCCAAUGUUCGUCUUUUGCUUGAUAAUGGCACACCAGUAGAUAUUCCUACCGUAACCGGAGUUACUGCACUGAUGACGGCCUCCAAAAUGGGUAAUUAUAUACUCACUAAAUUGUUGGUUGAUAAAGGAGCAAAUGUAAACGCUGAGUUACACUCUUCGGACAGCGCCACACCCUUACAUUUAUCAUGUUCAAGUGGGAACAAGGAAGUGGUACAACUUCUUAUCGAAAGUGGAGCGAAUAUUAAUGCCCGCACCAGAAUAGGUGGUCAAACGCCAUUACACUGGGCGGUUGAAUUCCAACGCGAUUCAGUAAUUGAGACCCUCACUCGUUACGGUGCGGAUCUUAGCGUCAAAGAUUCGCGAGGUCGUACAGCUGCAAGCUUCGCGAAAUGUAAACUUUACUUUAGUGCCUAUCAGAUCCUCAUGAAGAGGAGCGGCGAAAAAGCAUGUCCUAAUUAAUGUGAAGAUACCAUUUCAAAAUAUGUAUAUACAUGUACAAUUCGAUGCAUUUUUUGGGGGCAGAGGGAAUGUUCUUUUAUAGAAAAUUGCCGUACUGCAUUGAAUGUGAGUAUAUGCUUCUAUUUUGGCUUUAGCUGCUAUUAAGCAUAUAUUCAUGCCUUCAAAACUUGUUAGAUUUGUCAAAAUCUUUCGCACAAAAAAAACUAUUUUGUUAAGGCCGUUAUUUAUUGUAUAUUGUGCAUGCAUAUACAUGUAUAUAUAUAAAUAUAUGAGAAUACAAUUAUAUGUUUAUGAACAAUUUUAUGAUUUGUAUUUAACGAAAAUUUUAGAUAUUUUAUAGUUUAAA